AUGGUACUGAAUCCUCUAGUGCAUUUCAUUAAAACGGCAGAACGGAUCCCCACUCGUUUCAGCGUGGCCGCCAUGCUGUUCAUGUCAUGUUUUAUCAGUUACAUGUUGCGGGUCAACAUGUCGGUUAACAUCCUUGCGAUGGUUAAACCCAGCCAGUCAAACGCUCCACGUGCUAGUGCGCUGGUAGCUAACAACCACACCCAACCAGCCGAUAAUACCACUUCCAUUGCAUUUUCGAUUCCUGCACCGAUAGAUUAUGGACCACGCUAUAACUGGUCGUCGCACGAUCAAAGUGUCAUUCUCGGUGCCUAUUUCUAUGGGUACUUACUGACGUCGCUCCCGGCGGGAGUCCUGGCGGAGAAGUUCGGCGGACGGGCACUAGUCGGUUAUACGCUUGCGUUCAGUGCCCUUUUAACGGCGCUUACGCCUCUUGCUGCCUCCUAUGGUUUGUGGGCAAUCGUUACCAACCGAGUUAUGCUGGGUGUAUGUGGUGGCGUCCUAUAUCCAGCACUUCACCAGCUAGUCUCCAAAUGGGCACCACCGAACGAGAAGGGUAAAUUCAUUUCGGCCCUCAUGGGUGGAACUUUCGGAACCGUUAUCACCUGGCCACUGGUGGGCGUUCUCAUCGAAACCCUUGGCUGGUCGUUCGCUUUCUACGUGCCAGCUGUACUGACUGUCAUCGUGGCGUUCAUCUGGUUUAUCCUGGUAGCAGAUUCGCCUAGCCAGCAUCCACGCAUCAAACAGGAAGAGCGAGAAUUUAUCGAAAAGGCGCUCGGCGAUGCUGUUUCCAAGCAGAACCUGCUGCCACCGGUGGUAAAAAUAAUGACUUCGGUUCCCUUUCUGGCUCUGCUGGUUCUCCACUUCGGCAAUCUGUGGGGACUCUACUUUCUGAUCACGGCUGCUCCUAAAUUUAUGAGUGAGGUUCUCGGUUUCAAGCUAGCCAAGGCGGGAUUCCUGGCGGCUCUGCCAUACCUGGCUCGAGCGAUAGCUGCCUUUGGCUUCGGUAGUAUCGGAGACUAUUUGAGAAAGAAAUCUCUGCUUUCUGUUACGACGAUCCGCAAGUCAUUCUGUCUUUUCUCUCACAUAAUCCCUGGUCUAUUUCUUGUGGGACUGAUCUUUGCCGGCUUCGACCCUUACGUAUGUGUCGCCAUAAUCACCCUGUCGCUAGGCUUCAACGGUGCCUCAACCAUGACCAACCUGCAAAACUCCCAGGAUCUGGCGCCGAACUUCGCUGGCACGCUGUACGGAAUCAUCAACUUCGUUGGCACUACCAGCGGUUUCAUCACGCCCAUGCUGGUGGCACAUUUCACCGCCGAUCGAAGUACUAUGGACGAGUGGCAGUAUGUUUUCGGUAUCGGUGCCGCGGCCUACAUCAUCCCGGCGUUCGUCUUCAUCCUGUUCGGUUCCGCAGCAGUACAGAAGUGGAACGAGCCAAAUCAGAAGCAAAAAGAUCCACCGAAAGAUUCCCGAAUACCAGAAACAUUCUAACAUCAUCCACCAGCGUCGCAACAAUCUGCGUGGUGCAGGAAUGCUCCUCGGCUAUGAACCAGUCCAUUUGUGGAAACAAAUCAACGGCGCAUUUGUACAUACAUUUAGCUGGGUGUAUCGGAAAAGACACACUUGCAAGAAUCUCAUUUCUAAUGAUAGUCAACUAGUGAUUAGGUGAGCAAUCGAAAAGUAUUAUUAGCUAGGGUUGUAAAUAUCUUCAAUUGGUUUAUAUUUUCUCUUCUCGUGGACAAGAUAAAUUGUGCAAUUGAAUAGAGAGAGAGAGGUGCAGAUAAUAGUUUUAUGUUACGUUGAGCAGUGCAGUUAUGUUUCCCUGGAAAAGGAGAAAAAUAAAACAA